GUUCGCCCAGUCGAUCAAGCCUCCGACGAUAACGCAAGUGGCGCAACUCGUUGUUUUGUUUUGUUUUGAACGCUUCUGCUCGCUGGCGUCUUUUCCAAUUCAACAUGAGUAAGUCCGGCACUUUCAAAAUGAAGAAUUGGUUCAAAGUAAAGUCACCGGAGAAAGAGGGCAAGGGAGCCAAACAGUCGGACUCAACGGAAGCUGGAGUGGCCGCCGUGUCAGGAGGCAAGUCGGGGGCUGCCCCGGCGAGCCCCGGGGACGGAGGGCUCAUUUCGCCGAAGGAAAACAAGGCAAGGCGGAUGUUGUCGUUCAGGUUCAAACGAAAGAAAUCGAAGCCGAAAGAAGGCCGAGGAGGAGAUGAUGAUGAUGAUGGUGGUGGUGAUGAGGAUGAUGAUGAUGAGUUGUCCCCCAGCGAACCGGACCGCAUGAGCAGCCACAUCAGGAGCUUCGACCAGAUGAGCGUUUCGACAGCGUGCUCGUUCCAGACUGAAUCGGACUGGGACCUUCAUUCUGACUCCAACUCCAUGAUCUACUUCAACAUGACUCAGCAAGGAAGUCCCACUUCACCAACCCAAUACUCCAAGAGUUCAGAGGAGAAAAGGGGUGUGUUGGAUCGUCUCGGUCGCUUCCUCAACCCCAAGAAGAGGAAGAGCCGAGGCGACCGGACUUCAGACUCUUCAGUCAACGCGAGUGGUCCGGGUUCCCCAUCGCCCCCUCUGUCUCCACAUUCACCCUUGCUUAGACGGGAAGGCGGCUCAAAGACUCCCACUCCCUCGCGAAAAGACGACAAGCCGAAAGAGACAGAACUCCGAGGAGGAGUGGAGAGUGGCAACAACCUCAGCGGAAGCUCCAGCCGCAGUGCCUCGAGUGUGGUUUCUCUGUUGUCUGAUGAAGCGGAUAUUCCCUUUGCGGACUCUAACAGCAGCGGCUGUAGCAGUGUGAAGGAGGUUCCCGGGUUCCUGGGCCAAAAGCAUUCAGGGAAUGUGACCCCCACCGCUUUGGACUUUGCAACCGCCACUUUGCCAUGUUCAGAUACAAAAUCCGAGGUUGGAUUUGCAGAGUCGGUGGCGGAGGAGAUAAGCAAGAGGCUGCAGAUGGAUUUGGAGGCUAUCGCAGAGAAGAAGGCAGAAGGUUCGACUAAGGGUGGUGGUGAUCGCCCGACCAACGUGCCACCACUUCAAAUUCCCUUUCCCAACAACGCUACACUCCCGAAGUCACCUAACGUAACGUCAGCAAAAACAUCAGUCCAGCACAGCACGACCCUAAAGGGAAUAACCUCGGGCUCGAAAUUACCCGGAACUCGCGCCUUGUCAACUCAACAUGAGGGUCCACCAGAUGUUGGCAGGGAAAGUUCCGCACAAAGCCGUUCACAGGAAAGAGACCAAGUACCGGCUGGCGAAUCACCUACUCAACUCUUCAAAGCCAUAUUAGUCGAUACUCACCUUGGAGAGGAGGAGAGAAUAGGGUGGGAGGGGGAUAUGAGAGGGGAUAGGGAGGAGGACGGCGUACCGCUUUCGCCUCCCGUGCUGGCCAUACCUGUCACGGUAUUUCCUGAGGAUGAGUCAGUUACCCGGGAGAGGACGGGAACCACGAGAAGCUUGGCGGAGUUGUCCUCUGCGCCAACUAUGCUGGAUUUGAAAACGACUUGGCGGCAGGCGGAGGAGCCUGACGCUGGCGCCGACUCAAAGAAACACCCCCUCAAGAAGAAACAAGGCUCAAAAGAAACUUGUGUCACACGCAAGACUGUGAAUCUGCCUUCAAAGCCCAAGGAUGGGUCCCAUCAAGUACACGUUAGCCCAGAGCUAAGUUUGGAAAAGAAAAAUCAAGUGGGAGAAGAGGACAGCACAGAUUCCGCUGCAGCCACUUCCGAGCAGACAAAGGAGAACCUAUUGCUACAACUUCAAAACCACAACUCUGAUGAAAACAAACAUGCAGACUCAACAUCAUUCAAACCAUUUGAUGUAACUGAAGACAGAAACACAUCUGAACUUUUAAUUGAAGGAAAAACUGUCUGUCAGACAUCUGAAAUUGAGGGUACUUCUGUAACCCCUGCUAUGUACCGGGUGAAACUAUCUGGAAUAAGAGGCAAUGGGAUUAACCAGGCAACGGCCUCUAAACCAGGAGUAGCAGCUGAAAAGCGGCGUACCGUCGGAAGCGUAACAAGGCCCUCGGCAACAGCGGCGGUAGGCAAGGCCAAAAAUGUGACGACGAAAUCGAAGGGCUCCGCGGAGGACAUUCAAGUUACAACAGCCAGUGAUCUACCACCACUAAAGCAACGAAGCCAUGAGAAAACAGUUUGUCUGAUAACACCAUCCAAAGACAAAUCUACUAGUGGUCUCACAAAGUCUAAAAUUCCCAAAAGGCAAAUAUCAGAUGGUGAUAUCAACUCACUCGCGACAGGUGUUGACGGCUCUUUGGCCACUUCCAAACUACAGAAAAACCCAAGAAUGGCUACUGAAUCUUUGAAAUCUUUCGUGUCUACAGCCAAAGGUGUCGGGAAAACAUGUUCUGACGAGGAAAAGGGCGGAAACGCUCCCUCGGCUGACGUUUCUCCCACUCAAGCAUUAAACCCGUUGCCACAUCAUGUGAAAGAAAAGCCAAAGGGUAUGAAUGACGUUCUUCAGCAUAUUGACUCAGUAAAUGGAGUGGAAGAGGGACUUAAAAUAGGGCAGUCCUAUCAGGAUAAGCUUGCUUCCUUAACGUCAAAGAGUCGGCUGCCUGUUUCAUCUCCAACUCGAAAGUUGAACAAUGAAGUACCUAAAACCAGUGAAGCCAACUACACAAAUGUCACAUCUCCUCAAGGAGACAGUCACAAACAAGCCCAGAAGUGCCCAGACCAACAAGAAGCAGCACAUGCGGAAAGACCUGCGAGUGAGAUCCCUCCUCCCUCUGGAAGUCCCGAGAAAGUUGCCACCAGCCAAGAUAAAGACGACUCCAAGCUUUUCAAACAAUACCCGAAGACUCCAUUAAACAGUUCCGGUCCCACGUCUCCAAGCAAGCUCCCAAUGAGAAGCCAGAGGAGCUCGCCCAGUCUUCACUCAAGAAAAAUUCAACAUACUUCAACCAAUAAUUCGUCAAACAUGUCUAUAUCGAAACAGGACCGUUUACAUCCGAGCAGUAACACAGAGACAGCUGUAAGACCUACAGACAGUCUUGCAGCGGAUCGUUGGAAAGACAGUUCCGCUGUGGGUACUCUCGAGGUUAAAUCCGGGUCUCACAACGAAAAAGAAAAGAGUGCGACACUUACAAAUCAUUCUUGUGCCAGUGAAACCAAAGAGAAAGUGAGACGGCCCCAGGGGUUAGAAGAGGCCCCAACUCGUCCUAAAGGAAACAAUUCAAAAACUCAAAUAAUCAAGGAUAAUGAAACAGUGGUUACGGUAAAUCUUCAACACAAAGUUAAACCAGAAAAUAAAGAUGCCAUGGCUGAGGUAGCACCGACCAACCAGGUGCCCAGUGCUGAGACUAACCGGCAGAUAAAAGAGCAUGAAGCCCUACAACGGCCGAUAUUGGAGCCUUUACCGAAAAAUGGAUCUCAUCUCAAAGGUGAUCGCGCUGCACCGGAAGUGCAAACGUCACAAUUGUCUUCAGAGAAUGGAAAGGACAACGUACUUCCAGAGAGAGUCAUGCUUACGAAUGACCCAAAACUCGAUUCGGGCGUGAUGGCUCAGGCUGCUAAGGCAGCUCAUGAUAAUCGAAUGGAUAGUUCUGCGAACCCUGCCUUGGGUGACAACAUUAUAGUCUCUCACCAGGGAGGCGCUAAAAAUACAAAUGUUCAUCCAAAGGAAUCUGUUUCAAAAGACCAUGAUUCUGAGCGGAAACGGCUUCUUUCAGCUACACCUUCAAUAGCUUUAAACACUGGUGAUAAAAUGGAAGAUUUUGAAACGAUUGAGGAACAAAUUCCAAAUAAAAUUCAUGAAAAUAUGUUGCUGUCCGCACCGGCCAUAGAUUCAAUGAGAAAUGCUACAGGGGAGCAGAAAAGUCAAGAGGUUGGGAGGAAACCGACAAAGUCAUUGGACACACAGAAUGAACUUCUUUAUGAAGUUCUCAAGAAUGUUGAAAGCCAGCUGGACAAAGAGCCUCUUUUACAAGCGCAAGAGUCUAAAAAGGAGGGAAAAGAAUCAAAGCCGAAUGACACAGCGGUGUUGGGCAACAACUGGAUCAGAGAGCUCAAAGCCACAGAAAACGAAGCAGUGAAAGACAUCGCCAAACCAAAUCAAUCAACCCAGCUGACGUCACAAAAUGAAUAUUUACCGCUGGCUGCAGAAGAGGAAAUGCUAAUGCAAAUGGUGAACACCAUAGAAAAGAACAAGAGUAGUAAAGCCCUGGAAGCAGAUGAAAUAACUGCAGUACAUGGAAGUACAACCGAGGUGUUUGAUUCCAAAGAAGCUAUUGAGGGUUCUUUGGAAGAAAGUGCAACAAGUGUAGACAAUGAAUUUAAGCAGCCAAUGGGUACUUCAACAAUACAAGAACAACUGGAACCCAAAGUACCUCGAGCUCAAGAUGAGGGAACCAGGAGUAGCAACGAAAUUCAGGACAAGCACAGUUGUGUUAAAAGGGGGAGUCAACGUGAAAUAAAGACAGUUGAAUUUACUCAAGAAGAUGAAAGGGAAAUAAAUGUUGCAUCAAUCAAAAGUUUAGGGAAUGAAAGUUCUCGCAAGAGUCCCGACUCUGAAAUGAUUCACCGAGAAGGCCAGGAGUCUGUUGGAGUACGACAUAUGAGUGUUGACAAACACGAUGAAAUUGCUGAUCCUGCAAAGGCAUUGAAGGCUGAGAAAACACCGGGAAGCCAAAGUCUUGACAUAGCGGCAACACAGAGUUCUCGACGAAAAACGGAAACAAAGGAGACUCCCCCGAAAGGUUUGGAAGAAGUCAUGCCAGCUGCCACAAAUACAUGUGAAAUUGGGCACGCAAUUGAAAAUGCUGAAUCGAAUUCGAAUGUUCAUUUCCAAGCGCGCGAGGGCUCUGCAAACAUCAGAUCUGAUCACGAGGGGGUCCAGAAACGGGAUGAAAACACUCAUCGCAAAGUGCUCAACGUAAAGCAAGAAAGUAAAGCCAAAAGAGUAACAGCUGAAGCUAUCGAGCACAUGGCCGAAGAUUCGGAAAUGUCUGCAAACUUAAGUUGGUCUUCAAGCAAAAGAGACACUGAUGUGAAAGAAACAGAAGUAUCUGAUGAGCAACUGAAGUUCAAGCCCAGUCAGAUUGAGGUCACAGAACAACGAGGCUCGGCCGCCGGCGUUGUAAAUAGUUUAUUUGAUCAGAAUGCCAAAGAGGCCAAAGAAAAGAAAACAAAGACAACACAUGCGCUACAAAGCGACAAAGCAGCUCAAAACCUCAAUGCUUCCCAACAACCAGGGAAACCACCACUUAAUGGUGGAUCCCCUCUUCCUACUGCAUUGAAAUCACUGAGUCCACCUCAGGGAAUUCAGCUCAAGAACGAGUCGCCAUCGAGCUGGUUAAACGUGGAACAUCCUCACGAACAGAAAAAGGGCAACAGACAGAAACUAAAUGAAUCUCUUGAACCGGACGAGUUUGAGGAUUUCAUCAGGGGCAUUAAAGCGGGCGGCAUUCCCUUCCCACUGCCUCCUAAGAAGCACCCACGUAAGAAGUCCCCAUCUCCCCCUUUUGCUAUGCCAGCCAUUAGGGAGGAUCCUUUUGAAAAAACUUUUGAUCCAGAACAAUUCCAGUUUGGCUUGAGAAAGAAAGGCAAACUUUUGAAGGACCCAUCUCCAGCGAUGAUGUUAAAACAAAAAGCGGCCAAUCGGGCAGGACGCAGCGUGGAAAAACCUGGACCAGUCAAUUCCGCGCCCUCAGGUAAAGACCGAAGGCAUGAUGAGGAAAAAGGAAAAUCUGAAGUCAAAGAGGGGUCAACGAUCGGGCAGAACAAUGGAGAGGGGCCAGGGAAGCCGCCAUCCCGGUUAGAUAGGAUAUCCAUCCUCUCGAACUUACUGAGUUCCCCUCGGACCAGCAAGAGGAGCAAAGAGGAAGCGGCCUCUGACCAAAAUACCGCUUCGUCCAAACAACAGACAAAUGUGCCCUGGUUUGGAGAGCAGGAAGCUGCUGAUGCGACCUUUCCGGAACAUGAAUCAGAUAUGCAGGGUGUGACCAGGAGAGGUGCAGGCUGUACUGUGAGUGGUUGUACAGCUGCUGCCAGUGAGUCAACAGUUAGCCCCUCCCCGCCUUCGCUGCCCUUGUGUUCACAAAUCAAAGCGCCAAAAUGUCGUUGGGGGGAAAGGCUUGCCGACAGAGGAGAGUCUGAGGCUGAGCGGGACUCCACAAAGGCACCUGAAACCGAGCGGGAUCCUGACCGACUUAUUCCAAUGGACGAGGCUUGGACGCCUAAAGUCAAUAAUGCUGAGCUGCCUCCGCCCGCCCAAUACAUCACAAAGACUCCUCGGAAGAAAAACACCAAGACACCCGUGGCGAAAGGGUUCCACAAAAGACCCGGAAAGAUUUUCAUACAUGGACACGAUAACCUGGGCGCUGAAGUCUAUGAACUAUGGAGUGACGUCGAAGAUGCCACGCAGAUGAAACUCUCUCCUGUCGUCCUGGCGCGAGUCAUCAGAGGAUGUUGGCUCCUGUAUGAACAUAAGGGCUUCCAGGGCCGUGUCAUUGCCCUGGAGGAAGGUCAAACGGAUCACAUAGCGAACAUGUGGGCUGAGGACGGUGCCCCGACAACUCUGGACGAGAAAGGUCAGCCAGCAUCGCCGACGCCCGUGACCAUCGGUUCUAUUCGACUGGCGGUCGACGACUACACCCAGCCCAGAAUCGACCUGUUUACAGAAGUGAAUGGUUUGGGAAGGGUCUCAUCUUACUGUGAUGACACAGUUGAAGUUGGCUCCUUUGGGAUCCCCCAGGCCACUGGUUCCAUAAAGGUCCAUUCUGGAGUCUGGCUCGUGUACAGUGAUUCUGGCUUUCGAGGUUUCGUAGGAGUGCUGGAAGCGGGCGAGUUUCCUUGUUCAGACACCUGGGGAUUCCCUCAGCCCUUUGUUGGCUCGCUCAGGCCCCUUCGAAUUGGAGCAAUAAAGGUGGAACAUCCCAAAGAGGUCGAGGCGCUCGUGUUCGAGAAGCCCGAUUUUGAGGGCGACUGUUUAGAGGUGGAUGGCGACUUGUCCAACUUGAGUGCGGAAGAGGCAGAAGCAGAGCGAGGCAGCAAGAAGACAAUCUCUGCAGUCGGCUCGCUCAAGAUACUUGGUGGUCUCUGGGUUGGCUAUCAAGAGGAAGACUUUGAGGGUCAACAAUACGUCCUGGAGGAAGGAGAGUAUCCUCAUUGCAGUGAUUGGGGCGGAUCCGAGGAUGGUCUUCUCUCAAUUCGGCCCGUUAGGACUGAUUUCCUGUCCCCGCACAUUCAAUUGUUCAGUGAGCCCAAUUUGGAUGAGCGGGGUCUCAGUGUGGAUUUGAUGGGGCCCGUUAUCAACAUGGACGAUAUCGGCCACGGCGGAAAAACCCAGUCCAUCAACGUCCUGAGUGGGGUCUGGGUGGCAUUUGAGAAUCCCGCGUUCAGCGGCGAGCGCUACAUCCUGGAGAGAGGCUCGUACUCGUGUCCGGAAGACUGGGGUGCGCAGAAUUGCAAGAUAUCAUCAAUCCAGCCGGUCUUCAAUGAAACAUUGUUGGAGUCUCGGUUCAAGGCGAAGCUGUUCUCUGAGCCCGACUUUAAGGGUGAGCUGGUGAUUCUGGAGGACAGUGCAGCAGCUUUGGAUGAGGACUUUGUGCCCAGGUCCUGUAAGGUGCUGGCUGGCAGCUGGAUCACUUAUGAAGGCAGAAACUUCUCUGACAACAUGUACUUACUGGAGGAAGGAGAAUACCCCGACACUGAAUUCAUGGGCUUCUUGUCAUCAGACGUGAGGGUCCGUUCCGUGCGAACUGUUGGCCAUGAGUUGUCGCUCCCCUCCCUCUUGCUGUUCAGCAAGGUGGGCUGCGCAGGUCGCAGUGUGGUGCUGACUCGGGAGGUGGUGAACCUGCACCGAGCGGGCUGGGGUGCUCGCAUACGCUCUCUGGUGGUGGAGGGCGGAAAGUGGGUGUUGUACGAAGGCAGCAACCAUCGCGGUCGACAGGUCCUGCUGCGGCCAGGCCGAGUGGUCGACUGGUGCAAGUUCAGCGGAUGGAAGGGAAUCGGAUCGCUGCGGCCGUUGCUGCAGAAACGGAUCGGUAUCCGUCUGCGGAACAACGAGACGGGAUGUCUGAUGUCGCUGACGGGGGGGGCGCCGGAUGACGUCCAGCUGAUGAGGGUGCAGGCCGUGGAAGACACAGGCGGCGAAGAGCAACUCUGGCUCUACCGAGACGGUCAUCUUACCUGCAAGCUGGCGGAGGACUGUGGACUGGGGACCACAGGCAACGUGAUGAUGGCAGGCAGUCGGCUUUGUGUGUCGCCGGAGGGAGGAAAAGCCAAUCAGCUGUGGGAGGUCACCUCGGACGGUCUCGUGCGCUGCCACUUCCAACCUGGCCUGGUCCUCGAGGUCAAAGGAGGUCACCAGUACGACAAGAACCUGGUGAUCCUCAACACGUUCGAGGAGGGCAAACCAAACCAAAGAUGGACAUUGGAGAUGUUGUGACCGCACGGGCCAUAUUGUGGCACUCGGACGCGACUCCGCCGGUGGAGCUCCUCGCGCCGCUCAGACGGGUCCCUAGUAGGCUUUUGCACAAACACUGCACUUCUGUAGCAUUUGGACCCAUGUGGAGGAGGGUAACCAUCUUCUGAUUUUUGAGUAGUACUUCUAUUUGGUUGAUAAUUGCGUUUGUAUUUUACAAUGAAGAUACAUUUUCUUCUUAUUUAUCGACCCAUAUCCUGUCUAAACGUUGCAUUGCAUGUGGUGAAAUGUCUUAAUGUCUAGCACGUGGUGUCUGUUUCCUCAUCUCGAUAAAAAGAUAUAUUUUAUUUUGUCACUGCUGUUGGUAAUAAUAUUGUAAAGUUUGUCAAUGUUGUCAGAGCAGGUUUUAACACUGAACGAGAUUCACAUGAUUAGAUUGUAGAUUUCAAUCCGACAGGACAUUUGAAUCAACUGUUGUAAAUGUGCAAAAAUCAUUUCAGACAUUUUUUUGCAAACAAUUUGGAUACAAAUAGUAUCCCUGCAUUUGUGAAAUAUUUAUUAGUUGGGAACUAUUUUAACUUUGCCUCCAAUAACAUGGCAAUUCUUAGAGUGCUAAUAGCUCGCUAAUGACGCUGUAUGGACCCAUUCGCAAACAAUUCUCAUAACAGAGGCAAGCGCGUGUGACGUGGCUGGCUGUUUUUGCUCAUGUAGUGUAUUUCAGGAAGAAAGUGGAGAGAAAUAUAUGUUAGCGUAACAUGGGAGAUUCAACAAUGCUUGUGAGAUUGAUUGACUGAGAUGAAGUGUUGACUUUUGAUCAAAAGGAGCAAGAUUUGAAUGCAGUUGGAGCACAUUCCCUCUCUUCAAGUGGAAGAAGUACUGUAUAUCACGCCUGGCUUCGUUUGAGCCCACAGACAGAUGGGCCCCAUCCGCCAUUUGGCCGCAGUGACAAUUUAGUCCCAAAAUCUGAAGGUUUUUUUGUUUUUUUUAAGCUGCCAUGCACUCUGCCAAGCAUGUGCCCACUUGCUAUUCUGUAAAAUAACAAAUUCCUUUCAGGCUAACUUUCAAUCCAGACAGGAGAGACCAUUUCGCACUUUUUUUUUUGUUUUUUGUUUGAAUAAAAGUGGAUCCAAAAAAAAA